UUCCGUCUUCGUGGCUUCAGAGCUUCCAUCGUUCUAUUUUUCUUUUUCUUUUUCUUUUUCUUUUCUCGAUUUUCAUAUUACCAAAACAAAGAACUCUCUGUUUCUCACACCCAAAACAAACAAAAAAAACGAAAUCUUGAGAUCUAUUUUGAUUGACUUUUUUUUUGUUUUCUCUCUCUUCUUCGUUGUGAUUUUAAAGAUUUUAGAAGAGAUUGAGAAAAAACAUUUAUUUUUUCUUUUCUCGUCGGCAUUGAAGAAGAAGAAGAAGAUCCAGAGAGAACAAAUGGGUAGUGAGGCAGAGAUCAAGGAACAUUUACAGCCCAAAGGUGGUGGCUCAUCUGAAACAACGGAGAAGAAACAUAAUGUGAAAGGGAAGAGGUUAUGGCAGAAAGUGAAGUAUCAAUUGGUUGAGUAUCAUUCAUUGCCUGCUUAUUUGAGAGACAAUGAGUACAUCAUUGGUCAUUACCGAUGCGAAUGGCCUAUCAAACAGAUCCUUCUCAGCAUCUUUACCAUCCAUAACGAGACUUUGAAUGUUUGGACGCACUUGAUUGGGUUUUUCCUGUUUCUAGCGCUCACCAUUUACACAGCAACGAAAGUACCGAGCGUUGUGGAUCUUCAUUCUCUUCAACACCGUUUACCUGAUGUCUUGAGGAAAACUGAUCUUCACAAGCUUCACUCUGAGCUCAUGUCUCGCCUUCCUUCUAGUCCUUCUAGUUGGCAUGUCAUGGACCUUCUUUAUAACUGUUUGCCUGAACGAUUCUCUCAUGGCAACUACACCGACAUGUGUGUUCUGCAUUCGGUGAGGGAAGAUCUUGCAAACAUGAUAGCUCCUUUGAUCUUCCGGCCAAUUACAAGAUGGCCAUUCUAUGCAUUUCUAGGUGGUGCAAUGUUCUGUCUAUUAGCAAGCAGCACGUGCCACCUCCUCUCAUGUCACUCCGAGCGAGUCUCCUACAUAAUGCUUAGGCUUGAUUACGCUGGAAUCGCAGCUCUGAUAGCUACUUCUUUCUACCCUCCUGUCUAUUACUCCUUCAUGUGUGAUCCUUUCUUCUGCAACCUCUACUUAGGAUUCAUUACCAUCUUAGGUAUCGCCACAGUGCUUGUCUCUCUACUGCCUGUUUUCCAAAGCCCCGACCCCGAGUUUCGAGUCGUGAGGGCUUCUCUGUUUUUUGGAAUGGGAUUCUCUGGUGCAGCUCCGAUUCUGCAUAAGCUGAUCAUCUUUUGGGACCAACCUGAAGCGCUUCACACGACUGGUUAUGAGAUUUUGAUGGGUUUGCUUUACGGGUUAGGAGCUUUGGUUUAUGCAACUAGGAUUCCAGAGAGAUGGAUGCCGGGGAAAUUCGAUAUAGCUGGACAUAGCCAUCAGUUGUUUCAUGUUCUGGUGGUUGCUGGUGCGUUCACUCACUAUAGAGCUGGGCUUGUGUAUCUUAAGUGGAGAGAUAUUGAAGGAUGCUAAUAAAAAAGGUGAAGGACGAUUAGAUUGGAAUCUUUGAUGUUGUGGAUCUUGUUUGUAGCUCUUCAUUAUAUAAAAGUUGGGAUUAUGUAAAGUCUAUGUGUAAUCAAAUGUUAUAUUUUUUUUCCU